AUGUCCAAUGGCAUCCGUAAGGUGUUUUCUCACGUCACACCCAACCACACACUCUUCAACGUCGACAUGCCUCUUGAUUGUGCCAAUAUACAGCGUUUCACACCUGACGGAAAGUACUUGAUUAGCUUCACUGCAUGCCAGCAAGGCAUCCGUCUACACCUGCUCCUUACUACAGCAUACGAUGACCCCAAAAGUGAAGAAGUACGGUCAUCAUCAACGCCAAGCACUUUUCAUCAAUUCUUUUCGCUCCACUAUACGCGUAUGCUGAGCAUGCCGGAUAACCAUUUAUUGUGCAAAGAGUUCUGCUUGAUCACCAAGAAUCAUAAACAUAUGAUUCUUGUCUCGUCGUGCAUAUCCACUGGCUCUUCAGCCGAUCACCGGCAAAGCAUUCCGCAUGAACUGGAUAUUACAAUUCAGUUGUUCGAUUAUGCAUUUUAUAUUGUUGAGCUCGAGACGGGCAAGGUGGUGGACCAACAGUCGUUCCGACACGAUUACAUACAUCUCAUUGACCAUGCAGGCAUAAGCAUUGUCGAGGAACUGUUCUCCGUUCUUUGCAUUCAAACACAGGAGAUUCAUGUGUUCAAAAUUCACGACUCCGGAAGGUUUCACCUGCUGCAAUCGUUUGGUCAAUUCCUGCAUAACGACGAUGAGCUGUUACUGUCUGCUUAUGAAGAAGCUGAGAAUCAAUGGCACAACGAUCAGUCGUCCUACUGCACCUCUACGAAUUCGUUGUCUAGCGAAAAAGACUUGAAUGAUGAUAUCAGAAACUCAAGUGAUUCUUCAAUAGGUGAUUGGGGAAAGGCGUUACCACGAGAAGAGGCUGACAGUAGUAGAUUGAUGACAGCAAAGGAACUCGAUACUUUGCUUCGAAUGGAAGGAUACUACGAAUCAGCCGAUGACAAGGAAGCAAAGGGGGCUCCUCCAUAUGGCGGGUUAUUCCAGGCUUUGCUUUCAAAGCUUUAUAAGCGUUCCAUUGCAGCAGCAAAAGGCUUAGGACUACAGUACUUUUACGCCAACUUGAGUUUAUAUUCCACCCUGAAAAUGUGGCGAAUGCAGUUCCUUGGACGUAAUCGCCUACUCAUCAAGAUGACAACCCUCCCACCAAACUUUCUUUCACCACUGAGAACCGUUGAUCAACACACCAAGGUGCAGAGCAAUACACUGUUUGUCAUUUUCAACAUGAUUAGAGCCGAAAUAGAAGAUGUGUUCGACGAUACUAGCAGCAAAGUGGCAGACUUGCUCUUGAAUAGUCAUAGUCAGCGCAACAACAGCAGCAUCCAACCAGUAGUUGAUGGGGGACUCUAUAAAAAUGCUGGCAUUGGCGCUCAAAAGACUUAUUUAACGGCACGCGGAACCACCAUCUAUGAUCGAAAAGCACUGGAAAAACUGAUAAAGACAUGGCGGCGACCAGAAAGUGAAGGAAGUGAUGCAAUUGCAAUGCAAAAAUUGUCAUUGUUUUUGCCGCGCCCACCGGAAAUGCAACCACACAGCCCUUACCUUGAUCCUUCGCUAUUUCGCUAUCCAAAGAGAAUGCUUUACUUACAAGAUCGAACAAAGGUGCAAAUGGACCAGAUCCCGUUCCAUUGCAGACAGACAGCUCUGUAUAAAUUCAUGCUAGAUGCAAGAACGAGCUCUGAUGAAGUCCAGUCAGAUCUGCGGCAUAACUCUACUACUAUUACCUUCAUUAUACCUAAUCCAGUCUAUCCAUUCAUCAUCACACAGCGUCAAAGCCUCACGGAUGGCUCGAGUAUCAACAUCAACUUUCACGUUUACAAGCAUGCAUCAUAGCUUUAUUCUAUACCUUAUAUUAUAUAACAGUAUUUAAUAUUUAUAAGUAAUCAUGCAAAGUGUGAUAAACUGUAUAUUCUUUGUUAAGGUUUCGCGGUUUUUGAUUGGCUCUAUUUAUUCUACUUUGUGCAGAAAAAAAAGCGCGUGCGAGUUGCUCGCGUGAAACGAUAUUAUAC